AUGUCUGACAACCUCGCCUGGACAAGCGACUUCGACAAGUUCCUUGCCGAACUCGACACCGAACACAACGCCAAUGACACCAGCUUCAUGGAUCUCCUUGAUCCUACUGGUUACUACGACUUCAGCCACGUCGACGAUGGCGCUCUUGGCGCUGCGGACCCCCUGGAUCCUUUGUCUUUUGGCAUCGCAACCCACCGUCUGAUGUGGCCUGCAGAUGAGAUCAUGCAUCAUUGCAGUCCGGAUGACGGCAACGAUUUGACAUUGUCAUUGGCCAGCGCUUCAGUCCACAAUGGUUCGAAGCCCCUGGAGACAGCUUCUACUGCUUCAGUCGAGAAGACUGCGGCAGAAGCAGACCUGACUUGUGUGGAGUGCGGCGUGCAUUACAGACACCCCUUGAACAUGGAAUACCAUGCUAAGUCGCACAACCAUAAGGCAUUUUCGUGCCCAGUCCAAGGGUGUGGUAAAGGAUUCGUGAGCAAUAGAGAGCGUGACGCUCAUCAACGCCGGCCUCAUCUUGAAGGCCACGAGCGCAUUGAAAUGGGGCAUCCGUUCGCUUGUGUUGAGUGUUCGGUCGAGUUCAAGAACAAGGCCAAGCUGCAGGAGCACGCCAACGAAGCACAACACAAUCCCUUUGCUUGUUCCUGUGGCAAGAACUUCGCUCGACUUGAUGUCCUCUACCGACAUCUUGACUCUAUGGGGACCGACCUGCCAAAAUUCCCCUGCCCGUUCUGCAAAAGUCAUCGCGGAGAAAACGGGUUUCGAAGAAGAGAUCAUCUACUGCAACAUGUGCGCGGCUACCACAAGUUCGAGGCCGAGGGAAAGAUCGAAAACAUUAUGCCUAGCCGUCGGAGGCAGUAUCAGGCACCUCCGGUCUGCCACUUUGUGGACUGUUUGCACCACAGGGACGACAACUUCAAAACACUAAGUCGCGAAGAGCAAAGCCGCUCCAAGCCAUUCGAAUCACAGUCGGAAUACACCAAACACAUGAAGAACGCCCACGACUUCACACAAUACCCCUGUACGGUGAGAGGAUGUAGCAAGACUGGCGCCAAGGGUUACGCGAGAGAGAAAGAUCUCAUCAAGCACAGGAAGAAGGAUCACCCCGAGGCGGGGACAUACGUUCCGGCGAUGCGGGAUAUCAGUAUCGGUUGCCCGAAGUGUUUGAAAAGAUUCGGCCCAAACAGUGGACCUUCUUUCCAUAUCGUAUUUUGUCGUGGCUAA